AUGUCACAACAUGAACAACCUUCAAUAUGGGCCGACGCUUUAACUAAACUCUUAAAUGAUUUAAAGAGUAAAAAAGAAGAAGAUAGAGUCAAAGCAUCAAAAAAUUUAAAAUCAUAUGUUAUAUCACAAAGUAGAGAAAUGACAAAUGAAAAUUUUACAAAAUUUAUGAAUGAAUUAAAUAAUAAUUUAAUAUUUGAAUUGGUGAAUAGUUCAGUUAUACCAGAAAAGAUUGGAGGUAUUAUGGCAAUUGAUGAAUUAAUAGAUGUAGAUUAUGAUGAGAAUGCAACAAAGAUCACAAGAUUAGCCAAUUAUUUACGUAUUGGUUUAGGAUUCAAUGAUUUUACAGUAAUGUUAAUGGCAUCAAAAGCAUUGGGUAGAUUAGCACGUUCAAGUGGUACAUUGACAGCGGAAUUUGUAGAGUUUGAAGUUACAAGAGCAUUGGAAUGGUUAAGUGGUGAUCGUAUCGAAGCAAGAAGACACGCUGCAGUAUUGGUAUUGAAAGAGUUGGCUCAAAAUGCACCAACACUCUUUUAUGUCCAUGCAUCAUCAUUUGUCGAUUUAAUUUGGGUGGCAUUAAAAGAUCCAAAAGUUGCAAUUCGUGAAGGUGCCGUUGAGGCGCUAAGAGCAUGUCUAGAGUUGAUCUCUGAGAGAGAAUCACGUCUUCGUUUACAAUGGUAUCAAAAGAUUUAUGAUGAAGCUCAAAAAUCAUUCAAACAAAAUGGUUCACCAGAAUCAAUACAUGGUUCAUUAAUCACCGUUAGUGAAUUACUUAGAAAUACAGGUGAUUUUAUGCUUUCAAAAUUUAAAGAUAUUUGUGAAACCGUUUUAAAAUAUAAAGAUCAUCGUGAUAAAUUAGUUAAAAAAACUGUAUUGGCAUUAUUCCCAAGAUUAGCAGUAUUUUGUUCAAGAGAUUUUGUAUUAAAUUAUUUUAAUGCGUGUAUGAAUCAUUUAUUGGCAGCAUUAAGAAAUCAAAAUGAAAGACCAACAGCAUUUAUAGCAUUGGGUGAGAUAGCAAUGGCGGUUGGUGGAUCGAUUAAACCUUAUUUAGAUUCAAUUGUUGUAAUGAUAAAACAAGGAUUAAUGACAAAGGGUAAACAAUUUUGUCCAGAGGUAUUGACAUGUAUAUCAAUGUUAGCAUCAGCGGUUGGCCAAUCAAUGUAUCCACAUAUGCAAGUUAUAUUACCACAAAUGAUAGUUUCAAGUGGAUUGACGGUGGUUUUAACUGAUGCUUUAAGAGAUUUAACAAUUAAUUUACCAACGUUAAUACCAAACAUUCAGUAUAAACUAUUGAAUUUAAUUAGUCAAGUCUUGGCAAAUAAACCAUUCUCUGAACCUGGUGCACCAUCGCCCUACAGAAAGAGUGCAACACCUUUCCAAGGUGGUUCAAUACCACAAUUGGGUCAGAAUUCAGAUGUUGAUCCACAAAUGAUUGCAUUGGCUUUGAAAACUUUGGGUAGCUUUGAUUUCUCUAAACAUAAUCUAUUGGAAUUCGUUAGGGAGUGUGUUGUAAACUAUUUGGAUGAUGACAACAUUGAAAUUCGUAGAGAGGCUGCCAUUACUUGUGCUCAACUUAUGGUAGGAACUGAAGAACCAACACCAACUCGUGGUCAUUCUGCUGUUAUCGUAGGUGAGGUAUUGGAGAAACUAUUGGUUGUUGGUAUUGCUGAUCCUGAUCCAUCAAUUCGUAAGACUGUAUUAUCAAGUUUAGAGGCACGUUUCGAUCAUUAUUUAGCACAGGCAGAGAAUUUACGUUCAUUAUUCAUCGCAUUGAACGAUGAGUUAUUUGAAAUUCGUGAAUUGGCAAUCACUGUAAUUGGUCGUUUAACAAUUAGAAAUCCAGCAUAUGUUAUGCCAUCACUUCGUAAAACAUUAAUUCAACUACUAACAGAAUUGGAAUUUAGUGGUGAUGGUAGAAAUAAGGAAGAGAGUGCAAGAUUAUUAGGUCAUUUAAUUUCAGCGUCAGAGAAAUUAAUUAAACCAUACGUAGAACCAAUUCUUAAGGCAUUGUUACCAAAAUUACGUGAUAGUAAUCCACGUGUUGCAUCUUGUGUAUUGGCUGCAUUGGGUGAGUUAUCAGUGGUUGGUGGUGAAGAGAUGGUACAACAUAUAGAUUCAUUGUUACCUCUAAUCAUUGAUACACUUCAAGAUCAAAGUUCAACUUCAAAGAGAGAAGUUGCAUUGAAAACAUUGGCACAAUUAGCUUCAUCAACUGGUUAUGUUAUUAAACCAUUCUCAAAGUAUCCAAUGCUAUUGGAUACCCUAUUGAAUGCAAUUAAAACCGAAAGAAUUGGUUCAAUUAGAAGAGAGGUUAUCAAGGUUUUAGGUAUUUUAGGUUCAUUGGAUCCAUAUAAACAUAAAAUGAAUGAAUUGGGUAAACGUAGAGAAGAUCCAAAAGCAAACGAUGAUAAGAAUAACAAUAUGACCAAUGAAGUGAUUACAAUUUCACCAUCGAAUGAAGAUUAUUAUCCAACCGUUGCUUUGACGGCCUUAAUGAAAAUCCUUAGAGAUCCAUCAUUAUCCUCGCAUCAUACAAGUGUAAUUCAAGCUGUUAUGUAUAUCUUUAAGAGUUUAUCAUUGAAAUCAAUUCCAUUCUUACCACAAAUUAUGCCACCAUUCCUUCAUGCUAUGAACACUGGUGAACCAUUAUUUAGAGAAUUCCUUUUCCAACAAUUGGGUUCAUUGGUAUCAAUUGUCAAACAACAUAUUCGUGACUAUUUAGUUAAUGUUUUCGCUUUAAUUGAAAAAUAUUGGAACUCGAAUCUAUUAAUUCCAAUCAUUAAAUUGGUCGAAGAGAUUUCAUCAGCUUUAAAUGAUGAAUUUAAAGUUUAUUUACCAAAUUUAAUUCCACAAAUGUUAAAUGUACUUCAUACUGACCGUUCUCCAAAAAGAUCACCAACCACUAAAGUUUUAAGAGCAUUGGAAGUAUUUGGUACCAAUUUAGAUGAUUACCUACAUUUGGUAAUUCCUGCAAUCGUUAAAUUAUUCGAACAAGUAGAUGUAACCACUCAAGUUAGAACUUUGGCAAUUCAAACCAUUGGUAGACUUUGUAAGAAAUUGAAUUUCUCUGAUUAUGCAUCUCGUAUCAUUCAUCCAUUGGCAAGAGUUUUAGAUAGUACCGAGAGUGAAUUACGUGAAGAAACUUUAAAUACUCUCUGUGCUUUAGUUUAUCAAUUGGGUUCAGAUUAUGCAAUUUUCAUUCCAAUGGUUGGUAAGGUUUUAGCACGUCGUGAAAUUCAAUCAACAAAUUAUGAAUUACUCAUUAGCAAAUUGUUAAAGAAUCAACAAUUAAUGUUAACCCCUGGUUCGGGUGAUGAUGGUGGUAUGGGUGCAAAUCGUUUCGGUGGUGAUCAUAAUGGUCAUCAUUUGGGUGAAGAUCAUAAUAACACAAGUACUCCAUUGGAUAUUGGUGUAAAGAAAUUAAAGGCAAAUGAACAACACCUAAAGAAUGCUUGGGAAACUUCACAACGUUCAACCAAAGAAGAUUGGGGUGAAUGGAUUCGUAGAUUCUCUGUGGAAUUACUUCGUGAAUCACCAUCACCUGCACUUAGAUCCUGUUUAUCAUUGGCACAAGAUUAUCAUCCAUUAGUUAAAGAGUUAUUCAAUGCUGGUUUCGUUAGUUGUUGGACUGAAUUACACGAACAAUUCCAAGAAGAAUUGGUUAGAAGUUUAGAGACCGCUUUACUCUCUCCAAAUAUUCCACCUGAAAUCCUUCAAACCCUUUUGAAUCUUGCAGAGUUUAUGGAACUUCACGAGAAACCAUUACCAAUCGAUAUUCGUACAUUGGGUGCAUUGGCAGAGAAAUGUCAUGCCUAUGCAAAAGCUUUACAUUAUAAAGAGUCUGAAUUCUCUCAAUCACCAUCUUCAACCAUUGAGGCUUUGAUUAGUAUUAACAAUCAACUUCAACAACCAGAAGCUGCCAUUGGUAUUUUAAUUUACGCUCAAAAGAAUCAUAGUGUCGAAUUGAAAGAAGGUUGGUAUGAAAAAUUAAGAAGAUGGGAAGAUGCACUUGCUGCCUAUGAAAAGAAACAAAAAGACGAUCCAAAUGGUGGUACCAUUGAAAAUACUAUGGGUAUUUUAAGAUGUUUACAUGCAUUGGGUGAAUGGGAAAGAUUAUCUGCACUCUCAUCAGAAACUUGGAAAUCAGAUAUCAAUGAUCAUACUCGUGCAACCAUUGCACCAUUGGCUGCAGCUGCCGCUUGGAAUCUUGUAAAUUGGGAUAAAAUGGAUGAAUAUGUGUGUGCAAUGAAUAAAGAUACCGUUGAAGGUUCAUUCUAUCGUGCAAUACUCGAAGUUCAUCAUGACAAUUUCACAUUGGCACAUGGCUUUAUUGAUCAUGCUCGUACUUUGGUAGAUACUGAACUAACUGCAUUAUUAGGUGAGAGUUAUAAUCGUGCCUAUAAAGUAGUGGUUCGUCUUCAACAAUUAUCAGAGCUCGAAGAAAUCAUUGAAUAUAAAAAAUGUGUAGAUUCACCAGAACGUAGAAAUAUGAUUAAGAAUACUUGGAAAACUCGUUUAAGAGGUUGUCAACAUAAUGUCGAUAUUUGGCAAUCAAUUCUUGCCGUUCAUAGUUUAGUGAUUUCACCUCAUGAAGAGUUGGAUAUGUGGUUGAAAUUUGUUGGACUUUGUAGAAAAGGUUCAAGAUUAGGUUUAGCUCAAAAAACUCUAACCAUGUUAAUGGGUAAAGAUCCAUCAACAACAAGUCAAUUCGGUAGUGUACUUCCAAAUACUCAUCCAAGAAUUACCUUUGCCUAUAUUAAACAACUUUGGAGUGCAGGUGCUAAACAACCAGCAUUUGAAAAGUUACGUACAUUUGUUCAAGCGCUAAGAGAUACCGAUGAUUUACCAUUACAAGGUCGUGCCUAUUUGAAACUUGGUGAAUGGCAAUUGGCAUUGGGUGAUACAUUGAGUGAAGCUUCCAUUCCACAUAUUAUUAGUUCAUUUAAAGCCGCAACUGAAUGUGAUCCAAAUUGGUAUAAAGCAUGGCAUAGUUGGGCAUUAAUUAAUUUCGAAGUUGUAUCACAUUACGAACAAAAUGGUGGUACACCAGAACAAAUUGGUGCACAUUUAUUGCCAGCAGUUCAUAGUUUCUUUAAAAGUAUUUCAUUGGGUCCUGAUCGUUCAUUACAAGAUACACUUCGUCUACUAACACUUUGGUUUAAACAUGGUGCUCAAAAAGAGGUUGAAGCCGCUUUAAUGCAAGGUUUUAAUACCAUUUCAAUCGAUACUUGGUUACAUGUUAUUCCACAAAUUAUUGCACGUAUUCAUGCUCCAGUCCUACCAGUUCGUCGUUUACUUCAUGAGCUAAUUGAUACCAUUGGUAAAGAACAUCCACAAGCAUUGGUAUAUCCAUUAACUGUAGCAACUAAAUCUCAUUCACCAGCACGUUUAGCCGCAGCAAAAUCAUUGAUGGAUAAAAUGAGAAAACAUUCCGCUACAUUGGUAGAUCAAGCAUUACCAGUAAGUCAAGAGUUGGUACGUACUGCAAUUCUUUGGUUAGAGAUGUGGUAUGAAGGUUUGGAGGAAGCUUCUCGUCAAUACUUUGGUGAUCAUAAUCCAGAGGCAAUGUUGGCAACAUUGGCACCACUUCAUCAAAUACUUGAGAAAGGUCCAGAGACAACAAGUGAAACCUCUUUCCUUCAAGCAUUUGGUAGAGAUCUUCAAGAGGCUCUCGAAUGGAGUAAGAAAUAUGAAAAAACACGUAAAGAAGGUGAUCUUAAUCAAGCAUGGGAUCUCUAUUAUCAAGUGUUUAGACGUAUCUAUAAACAAUUACCACAAAUGUCAUCAUUGGAGCUUCAAUAUGUUUCACCAAAACUUUUAAAUUCAAACAAUAUGGAACUCGCUGUACCAGGUACCUAUAAAGCCAGUGAAAACGUCAUUAGAAUUCAAUCAUUCUCUCAAGCCCUCUCAGUUAUUCCUUCAAAACAACGUCCAAGAAAAUUAACAAUCAUUGGUAGUGAUGGUCUUGAAUAUACUUUCCUUUUGAAAGGUCAUGAAGAUCUUAGACAAGAUGAACGUGUUAUGCAAUUGUUUAGUUUGGUUAAUAAUCUUUUGUCAGCCAAUCAUGAAACCGCUAAAUCUCAUCUAAGUAUUCGUAGAUUCUCAGUUAUUCCAUUAUCACCAAACUCUGGUCUAAUUGGUUGGGUUCCACAUUCCGAUACACUUCAUACUUUAAUUAAAGAUUUCCGUGAUAGUAAUAAGAUCCUAUUGUCAAUUGAACAUCGUUUAAUGUUACAAAUGUGCUCAGAUUAUGAUAAUCUUACAUUACUUCAAAAGGUUGAAGUAUUCCAGUAUGCUUUGGAAAAUUCAAAUGGUUUAGAUCUUCAUAAGGUUUUAUGGUUGAAAUCAAGAAAUAGUGAAGUUUGGUUAGAUCGUCGUACAAACUAUACACGUUCUUUGGCAGUAAUGAGUAUGGUUGGUUAUAUUUUAGGUUUAGGUGAUCGUCAUCCUUCCAAUUUAAUGUUGGAUCGUCAUACCGGUCAUAUUUUACACAUUGAUUUUGGUGAUUGCUUCGAAGUCGCAAUGCAUCGUGAUAAAUACCCAGAGAAAAUUCCAUUCCGUUUAACUCGUAUGCUUAUUAAUGCUAUGGAAGUCUCUGGUAUCGAAGGUAAUUUCAGAUUAACUUGUGAAGCCGUUAUGAAUGUACUUAGAAAUAACAAGGAAAGUCUUAUGGCCGUCUUAGAGGCCUUUGUUCAUGAUCCACUUAUUAACUGGCGUCUUUUAACUCCAAAUGAAAAUAAUACCAAACAUAAAGCUACAAACAUUGCAAGUAAUAAUAGUACCUCAAAUUCUACCACAAAGAUUGAAGGUGAUCUCAAUACAAUCGAUAAUCCAAUCAAUAAAGAAUCACCAGACCAUGAAGCUGUUGCUGGCUCCCUCAAAUCCUCACCAGUUCAUGGUAGACAAAUCGCUCGUAACCAAAGAGUUGGUGUUGAUGCUGAACAAGUUGAAGCUGAAAUCGUACCUGAAGCAUUAAAUGAAAGAGCACUUUCAGUUAUUAAUCGUGUAAAUAAGAAAUUAACUGGUAGAGAUUUUAGUUCAAAUGAAACUUUAGAUGUACCUGAACAAGUUCAAAAAUUAAUUGAUCAAGCAACUUCUCAUGAAAAUCUUUGUCUUAGUUAUGUUGGUUGGUGUCCAUUUUGGUAA